AUGGCCGGAACAACAACAGCGACGACCUCGCCACCACCAAAAACGUGCAGGGUGGCCCACCAGCUCCGGACCCUCACACCUCAAGACUGUGCGAUCUUCGUGACGGCCAAACCCGGGGAGCGAAUCGAACAGCCGAUUGCAUCGCGACUCCAACAGCUACAUCCGGGUUUACAGCUUCAGUUGGAAACCUAUCGCCGCUGGAACUCCAGUCCCUCGCUCGGCUUCCUUCGGAGUAUCGAGCACCUUGAAAUCAACGAUCUACGUGCUGGUGAAGACAACGAACUGCAGUUCAUACUGGCGGUGUUUCUGAGUCCACCUGUUUCACGCCUACCCACGAGCCCGUGCGACCCGAAGGAUGAUACACUGCACACGCGCCACAUUAGCAAUAGCCGACCGGCAUUCAUCGUCGAACGAAGCUUUGGUGAUUUCGAAGAGUUGCGCAAGGACGUGCUGAAAACCGUGUGCCGCAUCCCCCAAUGUACUUGUCCGUAUUGCAUGGACUUUGUGAUUUACAUCCGCUUCAAGUUCAGCCAGCCACGCGGCAUAGCUAAGCUUACAUCCAGCACGGAGAAACGCAAACAGCUCCUUGAGCUAUUUAUCCAGGACUUUGUCAUGAUGGGGCAGCGUCGAGCACGGACGCCUGGAAUACGCAAAUGUCGAGCGCAGAGUCGAGUUCCUGCUAUGGUAAAAGCCUUCCUGCUCAACAAUGCGAAGACGAACGACUGGCUGGAGUAA